AUGCUUUUGUGCGUUGGGAAUUUUUUUGGCUCUACUUCAGAGGCAGAAUGGGCAGACUAUCGCACAGGGGCCAAGAAAGCUCCAAUUCCAACCUAUGUGCUCGGUGCUAAUGACGAAGUGACUGUGAGCUACUUUCCAGACAUCGGUGGCUGUGAAUUAGCUGAGAACAUCAUUUAUUUAGGCCGUCGAGGUCUUUACAGUGGUACUUCUGGACUGCAGAUCGCAUACCUGAGUGGUACCGAGUCCCAGGAUGAGCCAGCUCCUGCCUACAGUUUUAGCGCAAAGGAUGUGGCAGAACUAAAAACAACUUUGUUAUCAACUGCAAACUUUAAAGGUGUGGAUAUAUUGCUGACAUCCCCCUGGCCCAGAGAUGUGGGAACUUUUGCCAACAAUGCGGGAGAAAUAGAUACCAAGAAAUGUGGCUCCAAGUUAGUGGCUGAUCUAGCUGCGAGUCUCAAACCAAGGUACCACUUUGCUGCUCUGGAGAAGGCCUAUUAUGAAAGACUUCCUUACAGAAAUCACACAGUGCUACAGGAAACCCCACAGCAUGUGAGCAGGUUUAUUGCACUUGCUGAUGUUGGCAAUACAAGCAAGAAAAAGUAUCUCUAUGCCUUCAGCAUUGUUCCGAUGAGCUCAAUGGACCCUGCAGAGCUAGUGAAACAGCCACAGGAUGUCACCGAAAAUCCAUACCGAAAAUCACAGAAGGAGGCACAGAAGACCAAAGCACCCUUGUGUGCAGAGGAAGAAUCAGCUUGUCAGUUUUUCUUUGAUUUGAACAAGCAACAGGGAAAGAAACGUCCCUCAGAUGGAAAAGAGAGAGGGAACUCGCAACCUAAGCAAGCCAAAAAACCCCCACAGCCCACAGGGCCCUGCUGGUUCUGCCUUGCCAGCCCAGAAGUUGAGAAGCACUUGGUUGUUAGUAUUGGCACGCAUUGCUAUCUUGCCCUGGCCAAAGGUGGCUUAUUACCUGAUCACGUCUUGAUUUUGCCCAUUGGGCACUAUCAGUCAGUGGUUGACUUGUCUUCAGAGGUGGUGGAAGAAGUGACCAAGUACAAGUCUGCCCUAAAGGAAUUCUUCAGAAGCAAGGGAAAGAGAUAUGUCCUGUUUGAAAGAAACUAUAGGAGUCAGCAUCUGCAGUUACAGGUGGUUCCUGUCCCAUUGGACCACUGUACUUCUGAAGACAUUAAAGAGUCCUUUAUCGCACAGGCACAGGAACAACAGAUCGAAUUACUAGAAAUCCCAGAGCACUCGGAUAUCACGCAAGUGGCGCAGCCAGGGACGCCCUACUUCUACGUGGAGCUGGACACGGGGGAGAAGCUCUUCCACCGCAUCCGCGGCCGCUUCCCGCUGCACUUCGGCAGGUCGGUGCCUCCCCCCGGUGCCUCCUCCCCGGCCCCGGAGGAGGUGGCGCAGCCAGGGACGCCCUACUUCUACGUGGAGCUGGACACGGGGGAGAAGCUCUUCCACCGCAUCCGCGGCCGCUUCCCGCUGCACUUCGGCAG